ACUCACAAGAGUACACAAUUAAUAAAAAAAUAAAAUGAUGAAGAGUGUUAAGAUGAAUAUGAGAGUGUUAGUAAUAGUAGUAGUGUUGUUAGUGUUUUUUGAAGGAAUAGAGUGUUUGGAUUAUGGAGAAGCCCUAACUAAGUCACUCUUGUUCUAUGAAGGUCAACGCUCCGGAAAGCUUCCUCCUAACCAAAGAGUUCAAUGGCGUGACAAUUCUGCUCUUUUUGAUGGUUCUGCUAAUCGAAGCACGCCAAACCUCGAAGGAGGGUACUACGACGCAGGAGACAACCUUAAACUAGGGUUUCCAAUGGCAUUUACAAUAACAAUGCUAUCAUGGAGCACAAUAGAAUACUCAAACAAACUAAAAGCAAAGAAUGAGUUUCAAAAUGCAGUCACAGCUAUCAAAUGGGGUACAGAUUACUUGAUCAAAGCUCAUCCAAUGGCUGACAUUCUCUAUGGAGAAGUGGGUCAAUCUGAUUCUGAUCAUCAAUGUUGGCAAAGACCAGAAGACAUGACCACACUAAGAACAACUUAUAGAAUUGAUGACCAAAAUCCAGGCUCUGAUCUUGCUGCUGAGACUGCUGCCGCUUUUGCUUCUGCUUCUAUUGUUUUUAGAAAUAUUGAUAUUAACUAUUCUUUUCAACUUCUAAAGCAUGCACAACAGCUAUUUGCUUUUGGUCUUAAGUCUCCUGGUAUUUAUCAAAAUAGUAUACCAGAUGCUGGAAAAAUCUAUGCCAGUAGUGGAUAUCAGGAUGAGAUGUUAUGGGCAGCAGCAUGGCUAUACAAGGCUACAUCGAAGCAACAAUACCUUGAUUACAUUUCAAGCUCAUCAGACAGUGGUGGACUCAGAACUGCUUUCUCAUGGGACGACAAAUACGUUGGCGCACAAGUCUUGGUUGCAAACCUUAUAAUGGACGGCAAAGCGGGCUCGGCCGCCACCCGACUAGCGCGGUUCAAGCAACAAGGGGAGGAGUUCAUAUGCUCUUGCGUCGGCAAAGGAAGCAACAACUUCAAGAAAACUCAAGGCGGUUUGCUUUGGUUUUUGCCUUGGAAUAAUGUUCAGUAUGUAGCCACUGCUACAUUUGUCACUGCCGUUUACUCUAACUAUCUUAAUGCUAACAAAGCUACCCUUCAAUGCUCUGCUGCCUCUCUCACUCCUUCCGAUCUUACUGCCUUUGUUAAAUCACAGGUGGAUUAUUUAUUGGGUUCAAACCCAUUAAAGAUGAGUUACAUGGUUGGAUUUGGAUCAAAGUAUCCACAACAGAUUCACCACAGAGCAGCAUCAAUAAUAUCAAUCAAGAAAGAUAAAAGGCCAGUGAGCUGCCAAGGUGGUUUCGAUGAUUGGUUCAAUAAAAAUGCACCAAACCCAAAUGUGUUGGAUGGUGCAGUUGUGAGCACUGAUGAAAAUGAUGCCUAUUCAGACUCACGUUCUAAUUACCAACAUGCUGAGCCCACUACAGUCACCAAUGCUCCUCUACUUGGAGUUUUUGCUCACUUAGCUUAAUUACUUACUUGUUAAUGACUAUUUAAGCUAAUUAAUUUCACUAAAGUUGUUGCCUUUCUUUUCUUUCUUAAGUAGAAUGUGAGAUGAUGAUAGGUGAGUGUGCAUUUGUGAGUUUUUGGAAGUGGGAAUUUCUAUGUAUAAGACCAAAAUGCAUCAUCACUCACUACUUGGGUACUACUACUCAUUUGUGAUCUCUUUUGAUUAAUAAAGAUAAUAUUUUGCUUAUA